AACUCUUUCUUCGCGACAAAGCUUUCGGACCCGCUCUAACCCGCGCAAUGGCUUCCCCGUCCCCGUGCCCUGCCGACGACCCCAUGGCCGAUCGGCUGCUGUGCGCGGCAUCGCACCUGCUGGGCGACAAGAAGGAGUAUUUAGGGCCGCUGCUGGAGCAGGCCAACGUGCUUGUCUGGAUCACCGUUUGCACGAUCUUGGUGCACUGGAUCGUCAAGAAGGUCACGCCACCAGAGAACGACGCCGAGAGCUGGAAUGGAUUCGUCGAGUCCACCUACGGCGACGAGCGCGACAAGGAGGGCAAGACUUAAUGCUAAAGCUUUCGUUGAUGAGCCUGGACGACAUUCGUGGAUUGGUGGUAGAAGUUUGGGCAAUCCUACCGCAUUUGCGCUGGGUGCCUUUGCAACUACCAUCACCACUCUCUCCUGUACUUUGAUGGAAUGGCGCGGACUUACGACGGCAAACGCUUUCAUUGGCAAUUUCUUCUUCAUCGCAGGCAUCGGCAUGGUUCUCUCCGCGCAAUGGGAGCUGGUGCGCGGGAAUUCUUACAACUAUACUGUUUUUAGUGCUUACGGCAUGUUUUACGGCGGGUUUGGCGCCAUUCUGACGCCAUUGUUUGGAGUUUCUUAUACCUUUGGAGACGACACGAUUGGAUACAACAAUGCGCUUGGCUUCUUUUGUAUAUUAUGGACCGUGUUUAAUACCUUUUUCCUACUUGGGUCUCUCACCACGAACAUUGUGACAAUCGCCACUUACACGGCUCUGGAGAUCUACCUCUGUCUUCUGGGCGCCAGUUACUUUGUAGCCGCCGACGGCGCGGCAGACACGGCCGUCACGGUCAAAAAAGCUGCCGGAGCAUUCGCAUUUAUUGCGGGAAUGUUGGGGUAUUACAGCAUGGGAAAUGCUAUCUGCGAAGAUCAAUGUCUGCCUUCGUAUCUAUUCCCGAUGGGUGAUGUUAGCUUCAUCGGGUAG